UUAUUGUCAUUUAUGACAAUGUUGGUUGAAGAGCUAAUUUAUUAUGGAGUCUUAUCACUUAUUGCCGGAAUCCAGAUAAGUGAUUUUAUGUAAACAAGAAUAGAAAGGAAUUCUGCAGUGGAUCCGGCUUGAUGAGGACUAAUUGGAUGGAUGAAUCAUCAAUUACCAGUUCAUCUGCGGUUCUGGUGAACUGACCUGCUAAGUCAGUGGGCUGAAAAUAGUGGGAAUUCCCAGAUUUUGUUCAACUUACUAAUUUAGUUUCGUCCUCAGUUUGUGAUAAUGCUAAAAUCAUCAGUGCAAAGUAGACUUUUACAGACUUUGCCAGAUGAUCGCCCUAUCACUGCCAUCCAGAUAGUGGAAGACUGUACGCAGUGCCCCAAGGGGUUCUACCCAAUAAGCAAAACCUACGAUCAGGAUUCCGAUGCGGAUUUAGGUGAAAAGUCGAUUUUCAAAACUGGUGCUGCCCGAUAUUUGUGCCUUUCGAAAACCGAGGGACUUCCCAAUUUUGCCCUACGCGAAAUUCUGCUGCUUGCUGAGAAAACUCUGCCCCCAAAAGGAUACAGUUUGCUAAACAGGACAGCGGACAGCCAGCAGAGACCGUGGAAGAAAAGGCAGCUGGCCUAUCAGCUAGUCAAUCUAAAGGAACUGAAGACUGCUAUCACUGAUAUCAUUGUUUGUAACCGACUGAAAAAAGCUCCGGCGGGAUUUAAUUUUGCUGGUGAAAUCAACGGAGUGACAAUUUGCUACAAGAUGGGAAACGUUGAAUCAGGAAGCCAAACCAACCACAGCCCGCCUGAUAGGCCGCCCAAAGCAUCCCCUGGGAGCAACCGGGUGUAUCCUCCUUUAGGAAAUGACGACGACUACGAAAUUCUGAGACCCGGACCUGGAUACGUACCCCCUGGCCCCAUUCGGCCCGCUCCAAAGCCUCCAGGCCCCGCCUUUCCCGGUUUGCAGCAUCAAACCUCCACUCACACUUUGGGGAGUUCGCAUGCCGGCCUGGAAGGGGUGCCUUUCGUUGUGAAUCCCCGAUUUUUGACCAAUAAUGCGCCUAGCGACAUUAGGGCUCCGAAACUUCGUGCCAAAACCAUGCAACAGAUCCUCAAGGAGUACGAUUAUCCUUUUACCGUUGAACGACAGUUGCAGUAGGGAUUUUUCUGUCUGGAUUGCUCAACUUCACUCUUCUCGGGUUGCCAUUCACCGAUUAAUCAUCCCCAGUAAGUGCCAAUUUCUGCGUUAAAGAUUCAUUUUCGACAAGGCUAUAGAACAAAAUACAUAUUUACCCGGCCACUUCCUUUAUUGUAUGUUUUAAUGUCUGUGCGUUCGGUUAGUUAUUCCCAAAUAUUUUAUACUUUUACGCACCCCCAUACUCGUCGAUUUAUGUUGAUUAGAUGUUACGAAAUUAUAGGAGUUUAUUGAGAUUUAAUAGUCUUCAAUAAAGAUGUUACACUGCAUAA